GGCUCUGUCAAACAAAUGAUAAUAAUAAUAGUAUAGUGUUUGUUGUUCUGUUUACUCGCUACUCGUUUCCUGCAAAAUAAAAAGGGAACAACGAAUAUUUUUCAUUCCGAUGAUUCAAAAUCCUCAAAGAUGUAUCAAAUUGAAAGUGUUUUUAUUGGCGAAAGCCAACAUGGUGAACCUCUAAUAAAAUCUGAAGUACAAACAGAAAUCAUAAACAAUUUCAAAGUGGGUGAUGUAACAAUGAUAACGAGAAUGGACACUAACAAUUUUACCCUAAAUUUAAACUGUGCACAGUGUUCACGAAGCUUUCGGAACUUCCCCGAAUUUACUAAACACAUUGAAAAGCAUUUCUUACACGGAGACGUUUUCAUCUCAAACGAUAUUACCAGUGAUAAUGCUAUGAAAAAUGAAUCAACAAAGACAACCACAGCAGCAGUAGAAGAAGAAGAAGAGGGUUUUAUCAAUGAUGAAAAUGAGCCAGAAAUUCCAGAUGAUGAAAUGGAGUACAUGAACGAGAGCGUGUGGAAUAACCAAUUUAUGGUCGAAUGUGAUCUACAAACCGAAAAUGAAAUCAAACAUCCGACAUAUGAUGGAACAGCACCAGCUACGUUCGAUUUAUCACAAUUCGUCGAAGGAGUCACAUACAAAAAGGUUGAAAAUGUGUAUGAAUGCAUGAUUUGUGGUUUCCAGAGUGUCAUGAAAAGUAAUCUCAAGUCACACAUUGCAGUGCAUGUGAAAGUGAAAAAUGUUUUCUGUUCGAUAUGUAUGAAAGGAUUCGGAAGUGUCCAUUACGCCCAAAAGCACAUUAAAUCUAUACACAAAGAAACUAUAUCAGCCGAAGCCAUAAGGAAGGCACAGAAGACGCUAAGUCAAAUUGUGAAACCGAAAAAAUCCGAUCGAAAUGGAAAUGCGCCAGAUGAAGUGUCAAAGCUGAAGCUCAAUUUACUCAGUUCAAAUUAUUGGCGCACGGAAGGCAAACGCUAUCACUGCGUGUUUUGCGUGCAGUGGUUCAAAAAUCCCAAGUAUGUACAAAAACACAUUCGUCUAGUUCACGGCCGAACCAUCGGACUUGACGAUAUUUUGGCUGCUCAAAUACAACCCGAACUAAAACCCGAGCCAACGAAAUCGGUUGAAUUGGUCACGCAAAAGCAAAUCGAGUCAUUGCGAAGGGAACAGGCGCAAACAGAUGUGAGCAACCGUGUGAAAUCAUCAUUUGAAUGCUUUGCAUGCCACACGAAAUUCGUAUCGGAGAAGGCACUUCGAUACCAUAUGCCCUUGCACGAAGGAAUCCAGUACAAAUGCCCGCUGUGCGAAAAAUUCUUCCAGUUGCCGAAAUAUGUGCGAGAUCACAUGAUCUAUAAACAUGAUUUUGAUAAAAAGUCAAAAUUACCACCGCUGAAAACGAGAAAAAUUGAAAAUUUUGAGUAUCACAAGCCGGUAGUGUCCAGAUUUGAAUGUUAUUUGUGCCAUCGAACGUAUCCGUCGAGAAGUAAAUUAAAUUCACACAUGAAGAGUCAUUUGGAUAUUUUGGAGUGUAGUGUUUGUACAAAGGUAUUCAAAAGCACUGAAUCGAGGCGUCGACACAUGCAACUCCAUUCGGCUGAUCCCAAUCUGCAGCAUCAUUGCUCACUAUGCGAUAAAGCAUUUCCAGUGCGGAGAUAUCUCAUGUCCCACAUGCGCACUAGCCAUCGAAAUCCCAAGUCGAAAAUUGAAAAACCACCAAAAGCUCCUCCGAAAAUGUUGACUUGUGACAUUUGCCAGAAAAUCUUCGACAAACAAGGAAUGUUCAACAAACAUAUGAAACGUCACAACAAGGAACCAACGAGUUUCAUGUGCGACCACUGUGGUGAGAAUCGAUUCGAAAAUCGUCACCUGUUGCGAAGGCAUCUUUCGUCGGUACAUAAAAUUAAUAAAAAGUAUUUCAAAUGCAAUGUAUGUCAAAAGGUAGUAUCGAAGAAGCGAGAAGAGGAGCAUAUGAAAUUCCACACGGGCGAAAAAGAUCAUCAAUGCGAAAUAUGCGGUAGUCAGUAUGUAACCGAAGGUCUUUUAAAUACACACAAAAAACGCCAACACGCCGGUUGUAAAUAUGAAUGUGAUGUUUGCCCGGAACGAUUCGAUCAGCCGAAGAAAUUACUACAUCACCGACGCUUGCAUACCGCUGAACCGAUGGAUAUCACUUGCAGUAUUUGUAAUCUUGGAUUUUUCAACGUAAGAUCACUGACGAAGCACAAAUUAAAAAAGCAUGGGCAACGAACUGAUGCCCCCAUUGAGAGCGACAGUGAAAGCGAUACAGAUAUUAAAGCCGAAUAAUUUUAUUAGCGAAUAGCAUUCUUUUGUAUUUUAUUUUCAAUUUUUAAAACCAUUUUAACUAACGACUACCAAUACCUGAUUGUAAAUCAUUUGAAAUAAAUGUAUUUUAAAGAAGCUACUUCA